GCGGUGGUGACCCACGCGUAUGAUUCCGUCCAGCCUUUUACAUUUGCGCUCAUACUUCCGACUGCGCUCAGCAUACAUGGAACACGAUUUCGCUUUGUGAAUGUCCGCCGGGAACAGCUCAUAAAUUGCACUCACAAAAAAAAACAGUUCACUCCAUACCUGUGUUUUGAUACAAGUCGAAAAUGUGAUUUUUCUCAAGGGGCAUAUAGAGUCGUAAAAUGGUUUUGGGACCCAGCGUCUCCACAAGGAAAUGGGAGUUUCUGCAUUUAUGGGGACAUGAAUCUAAGUUCCGGGGGCCCGAUGCCUGUGAUGGAGGAAGUAGAUAUCAGCGGCAGUGAGAGCAACAGCAUGCCGAAGAGGAUUGCUCUCAUCUGCUUCCUUUCUCUUGUGAUGCUCAUGAGUGUCCUGGGGAACCUCCUGGUCAUGACAGCUGUCUGCAAGGACCGCCAGCUCAGGAAAAUCAAGACCAACUACUUCAUAGUAUCGCUCGCCUUUGCAGACCUGAUGGUGUCGGUGCUGGUGAUGCCGUUUGGUGCCAUAGAACUGAUUCACCAGAACUGGAUUUAUGGAGAAACCUUCUGCCUGGUCCGGACAUCUCUAGAUGUACUGUUGACAACGGCCUCCAUAUUACACCUAUGUUGCAUAGCUUUGGACAGGUACUAUGCCAUCUGCUGCCAGCCACUGGUCUACAGGAAUAAGAUGACACCACUGAGAGUGGCUCUUAUGUUAGGAGGAUGCUGGGUAAUCCCCACCUUUAUAUCCUUCCUACCCAUAAUGCUAGGAUGGAACAGUAUCGGAAUAGACCAUUUGAUAGAGGAACGGAAGUUCAGCGGUGAUGCAGCCAACUCGACGGCGUGUGUCUUCAUGGUCAACAAGCCCUACGCUCUGACGUGUUCCGUGGUGGCCUUCUACAUCCCUCUGGUUCUGAUGGUACUGGCCUACCAGCGUAUCUAUGUGACUGCACGGGCGCACGCACGACAAAUCGGCGUGCUGCAGCGGGCAGGGGGCGCUGCCGCCUCGGCAGACAGCGCCGACCACCAGCGCAACCACCGCAUGCGUACGGAGACGAAGGCAGCCAAGACUCUGUGCAUCAUCAUGGGCUGUUUCUGCCUGUGCUGGGCCCCCUUCUUCAUCACAAACGUGGUGGACCCGUUCAUAAGCUAUACAGUGCCCGACCAGCUGUGGGCAGCGUUCCUGUGGCUGGGCUACAUUAACUCCAUGCUCAAUCCCAUUCUCUAUGCCUUCUUGAACAAGUCCUUCCGCCGUGCCUUCCUCAUCAUCCUCUGCUGUGGGAGAAAGCGUUACAGCGUCAGGCGGCCAUCCAUACUAGGGCCAGGGCCCCCCUGCUCGGCCACACAGAUCAACGGCUCCACGCAUGUGCUCAAUGGCUGCUCCUCUGCCUCCAAACUCCUGCUCUGGUUCUGCAACACUAGGCCUGUUCCUGUCUAAUGCUGCUUGACAACCUCUCAAGGUAGGCUACAAGUUCAACAAAACGGUAUGCUGCCCUGCACAACGGAAACCAUAUUGAAAAGGAAAAGCAGUCGUUGCAAACAGAGGAUAGAGUCGCCGGAGUCCUGCUUCUGACAACCACAGACAGUCACAGGCACUACCCUGUGCAAUCUGAGACAGGGACUGGGCCAGAACCAGCCCUAGAGGGAGUCAUUCCAAGGCAGCCUCUCCCACUGAGAGACCGCCAAACUAACAUGUUUGGACUGAAUUCUUAGUAGCGGGAUCGAUUAUGGACUGUGGAAUACUUUAAGGUGAAUAAUGUUGCCAAAGCUAUUUGAUAUUAACUUUGUUUUAAGAUAUGUCGUUUCGUAUUUCCUUUGCUUAGGAAAGGAAGAAAAACACUCAUUCUUUCUGAUCCACUAUAGCUAGCUCUGUUAGUUAGCGGAUGUUCCAGUAAUGCUUAGUGUUAUCUGUCACCAUUAUAAACAUUUCAAUAAGCUUUAUUGAUCUGAGGUGCAAUUUCACACAGGCACAGAGGGCUCAUAACCCCUUCAUUUAGAAUGAAGUAUUAACUUGAAAAUGUUCUCAUUUUUUUCAACUUCAGGUCUCUUAUCUCUCUGUCAUAGGUGCCCUAUACUCAAUCACUAUCAGCCUAGAUCCCAUAACUUUCCUUUGAUGCUUUGCAUAAUCUUCAAAAGCCGAAAGUGAUAAAGUAUUUUAGCACACCCACGGUAUAGUAUGGUAUGUGAUGAAACAAUUCAGCCCCUGAAGUGCAUUAUUAGCUACUACACUUUAUAAAUCAUCCCUUCUCUCUCAUGACUCCUCUCUCAGAUGUCGACAAAGAUGGACCAUGCAAUAAGAUGGACGUGUUUUUAAAGAUUAUGGUUUGCUGAAGCAAUUUAAUCUUGGUCAAAGUAUUUUGCCUCCUACUGAUGCGUGUUGUCUACUAGAGUAUGUGGGUACAUGCUUGAGAUCAUGUCCUAUACUUCAUGAAGGGCCCCUCUCAACACCACGUGUUCAGUCUAGUCCACAGCAACAUCCCAUUUCUUAUGCAUUACGAACAGUAGUCCGAAAACAUUUGCUAGAGUGUACUACAAUUUUCCGGCAUUUUGUAUUCAUGAACAAUCCAAGGUAUCUCUUGAAAUGUAUAUUUACCUGCACCUGAAAUGUGAACAUUGACUUUCUUUUCCUGUGCCAUUCCAAAGCAAACCAUUCCACUUGCUGAAUCCUUCAGUAGGCUACCAAUGAUGACUAGCUCGUUUAAAAGGCAAUCGCCACCAAAGCCAGCAUUUCAUUUUCAAUGAGUCACCAAAUAGAGGCUCAAUGGUUCAGUUAAUAACAUUCUGUCCAAAACACUGGGAAUAUUUCCUUUCAGAAAACAAUGCAAAGAGAUCAUACAUAGUCAUAUACAGCAGGAGGUAAAGAAUACCAACUGCAUUUUCCCCAUACAUUCAUCUGUUAAACACACAUUCAAGCGACGUCUCCCAGCAACUUAAACAAAAUGACCCUGUUGGUUGAACUUCCUGAUGAAAUGUCCAAUCUUAAAGGGGCAGUGCAGUCAAACAUUUACCUUUUUUUUUUUGUAUGAUAUUUCCAGACUAUCAGGUCGAAAUUACACCCUGAAAUUGUGAAAAUCAUGAAAAUGCCCUUUAAGUGUAAGCUUUUUGAAGAAAAACCAGCAGACACUAUGCCUCCAUGGAAUGAGUUUGACACCCCUACCCUAGAGUCUAGACCAGAGUUUAACAACCCUCUCCUCAGAUGUUUCACAUUUGAGUUUUAACCCUAAACUACCACAUCUGAUUCAAUUAGGCAAAGGCGUGAGGAUUAGUUGACUAAUUGAAUCAGGUGUACCAGUUUAGAGUUAAAACAAAAAUGUGAGAGGGUUGGGAAACCCUGGUCUAGAUGAUCCAAUCGGAUGUGUCAGUACAUCCACACGAUCAGUCUGAGCAUUUCAAUGGCAAAAGAAGGCUCAGGGAAAUAAAUGAUAGACAAAUAUAUUUUGAUUUACUUCCACGAAAAACACUCAGUGAUUUAUUAGACACUGAGUGAUGAUUUUUAAAAAUCAAAUGAAAAAGACUGCAUGAGGCUUUAAUAGAAAGCCCAGCAGAUGAUCCUGUUUUUAUAAUGUACAUGUUGAUUCGUAAAUAUCAGAAUUACCAUUUUAAGUUGUCUCUGAGUGGGGUGUUUGGGGCAAGGUUGAGUGUGUUACGCAGUGUCCAGUAGCAUUAAGCCAUAAGUCAUUACAUCCAUCCUGUCUUCCUCCUUACAAAACCAAAAUGUCAGUCCCUCCCUCCUUCCCUCCUGUCCUUGGACUCAAUCUUUCCCAUGAAGAUUUUUGAAGUGGAUUUAACAAGUGACAUCAAUAAGGGAUCAUCGCUUUCACCUGGAUUCACCUGGUCAGUCUGUCAUGGAAAGAGCAGGUGUCAAUAAUGUUUUGUACACCCAGUGUAGGCAGAGCCUUUACAGUGCUAUACCCUUCUGGAACAGAUUUUAAACCAAUGUUUCUUUUUUUCAUGCUCCUCAAAAAAAGCUAUUUAUCUCAGACUGUGACCUCUUCAUAAUUGAAGCACUAGCACUUUAGUAAUAUAUAGAUAAGGAUGUAAAAAAGUAUUUUAAUCAGUUGAUCGUCCACGACCAAUUUUAUAAACAAAGGUAUUUUGAUCACUUAAAUUAUUUACUUUCCUUUUCAUUCAUCCUGAAGAUUUUAUUUUGUAUUGUAUUUUUGAUGAUACAUUCAGAAAAGUCUGUAGUGCAUUAUUUUGGAUACAAAGGUAAAUGCCACAUGUACAAUCCAUGAAGACCCAUUCUAAUUAUAUAAUAAUCAAAAUAGUCUCAAAUUGUUCCCUUUGUGAGUGGGACUUUACUUGCUUACAGUGAAAACAAUGCAACGUAAUGUUUGUCCAUGAACAAUCGUAAAAUUUAAUUUGUAUAUCUUUGUUUGUGUUUCCUUUUCAGGAAUUUAAUUCAGCCAAUUAAGAAGAUGAUAUAUGCAUUGUACUUCCAGCAUAAUUAAGGCUUAUAUUUCUGGGAUUUUAAAGUGUACAUAGAUGAAUAUUCUUCAGCAAAAAAAGUGUGAUAUGAGUCUGUCUCUUCAGUGAGCUUGAACAAAGCAAUUAUAAUGGCUUUAUAUUCUUCAUUCCAGUAGCUCUGCUGGCCUAUCCUUCCAGCACAGUAUAAUGAUAAAGCCUGAACAUGUAAGCCACCAUAUACUACAGUACACAUAUGUGUAUGCAUAGUCACAUACAGCUGUUUGUUUAUGUUCAUAAACCUUGUACAUCACAACAUUUUAUUGCUAGUUUUCAAUUGACGUGGCCAGCAUAAGAAUUUCACCCAGACUCCAAAGGAGGGGGUUACCCUUCAUGUUUUGUUUGUGAUAAUAGAUGUGCUGCGUAUAUAAUCCCCUGGUUCCGGCAGUUUCCAUGACACCUGGAAUAUACAGCUCUGUGAUCAACAUGUAUGGCACAUUAUGUGUUGGUGGUUGAAAGUCCAGAAUUAGAACACAACCUGUGGAGAUUUUAAGAGGGAAAACCACCUGCGGUAAUAACAUAACUUUCAUCAUUUACUUUAGUUACACCCCUGAGGUAGAUUUGAAAGGAGAACCGUCAACUACCUAAUUUUAUACUGUAUAGUCAGAUACCAGUUACACAAUAUGCAGCCUAAUUAUUUAUCAGACGUUUUAAAAACAGACGUGAUACUAGGAAUGGUACAGUAAUACAUUGUACUUUCCCUGUGAAUAGUCCUGUAGGACCUCCUUUAGGACUUGUUGAAUUACAUACACGUAGAGUUGGGACAAUCAACCUAAAAUGAUCGACACCGACCAAAUCGAUCACUUAUCGCAGGCAUUUCGUCCAUUAGGAUAAGUAGCCUAUACUAGAGAAAUGUGAAGUUUGAAAUGAGUUUGCUAAUAUGGGUGAUUGUUAAUGGAACAGUUGAUGGCUACAACCAUCAAACUAGUAGUAAUAGUUUAAAGCAGGGAUCCCCAACCUUUUCUAGCAUGAGAGCUACGUUUAAAAAAACAGCUGCAGCUCUUCCUUGGGUCCUUAGUGUACAAGAGAAAGUAGUUCCUUAUGUUUUUUUUGUCAAUAUACCUGGUAAAAUAAUGGUUUAUAAACUACUCGAAGCGG